GUAGUGUAGUUCCGGGACAUAGAACUACUUUUUUCGGGAGGAAAAGGAAAACCUUAAGGGCGUAAGAAUACUAUGGAGCUAUCGCUUCCUCUAGCAGGUGCACAACAUACGCAAAUUAUCUUUACGAGGCGAAAGAUGCCCUAGGAUGUGGUGUUUUCCUUUUUGUCGACGACGAAACGCACUUUCACCAUAAACUAAACCAUUGCGCUUUCACAAAGAUAAUGUCACGAGUGGCCAUCAGCUGAUGUUUGUCUCUAUAGUCUCUUAUUGAUUUAUCAGCAACAUGUCUGGUACUUACACUCCAGCUCCUGGAGGACCGUUUUCUGCCCUUACCCCGAGCAUGUGGCCCCAGGACAUUUUGGCCAAGUAUCAUUCAAAAGACUCAGCUGAGCAGCCUGAAGUACAGUACGAUGAGUUUGGCUUCAGAAUAGACAAUGAAGAUGAUAAGCCUAGGCCUGUGUUGGGCACAGAGGGCUCAGCUCAGCGUGAAGACCCCCAGCAGCGACUGCGGUGGCAGGCCCACCUGGAGUUCACGCACAACCACACAGUGGGUGACCUGACCUGGGAUCUCAUUGAUCCUGUCCUUCCACGCUCUGAGCGUCUGCGCUCCCUGGUGCUUGGCGGCAUCCCUCACAGCAUGAGGCCACAGUUAUGGAUGCGUCUGUCCGGAGCGCUGCAGAAGAAGAGGACAUCAGAGAUCUCUUACAAAGAAAUCGUCAAGAACAGCUCUAACGAUGACACCACCGCUGCUAAACAAAUAGAGAAGGAUCUGUUACGGACGAUGCCAACCAAUGCAUGUUUCAGUAGUCUGACCAGCAUCGGUGUACCGAGGCUGAGACGGGUACUGAGAGGCCUGGCCUGGCUCUACCCAGAUAUCGGGUACUGUCAGGGAACCGGCAUGGUUAUUUCCUGCCUCUUGCUCUUUCUGGAGGAAGAGGAUGCUAUGUGGAUGAUGUGUGCCCUGAUCGAAGACCUCCUUCCUCCCUCCUACUUCUCCUCCACUCUGCUGGGGGUCCAAACAGACCAGAGGGUCCUUCGACAGCUCAUUGUUCAGUAUCUGCCAGCUCUUGACCGCCUUCUCCAAGAGCAUGACAUAGAACUGUCGUUGUUAACGUUACACUGGUUCCUGACAUCAUUUGCCAGUGUGGUGGACAUCCGUCUGCUCCUACGGAUCUGGGAUCUACUCUUUUAUCAGGGUUCAGUGGUCCUCUUCCAGAUCACACUGGGCAUGCUCAAAAUUAAGGAAGAAGAGCUUGUAUCAUCCGAGAACUCUGCAUCCAUAUUUAACACGCUGUCAGACCUGCCAAGUCAGCUGAGGGACAGGCCUGCGGUUCUCGGAGAGGCUAUGAGGCUGGCGGGGAAUCUAUCCCAGGAAACUCUGGAAGCUCACAGACACAAACAUCUUGCUUAUAUUCUGAAUGAACAGGCACAGCUCAACAAUGGAAACAACGCAACACUCGGCACCAAUCUCAACAAGGUGGUGAGGAGACAGUCUCUGCGCAGGAAAUCUACGCUGACGUCUCUGUUAUUUGGGGAGGAUGAAGCCGAAGCCCUGAAGUCCAAAAAUAUUAAGCAGACAGAGUUGGUGGCUGCCCUUCGAGAGGCUAUAACUCGUACAGCUGAGCACUUCCACUGUCUUGACCCUCAUCAUUCCAACACAGACUUGACCCCAGAUUACUCGAUGGAGAGCCACCAAAGAGAUCAUGAAAACUUUCUUGUGGUUUCUCGUAACCGACGGAGACGAGCCAAAGCUUUGUUGGACUUUGAGCGUCACGACGAUGAUGAAUUGGGCUUCAGAAAAAAUGACAUCAUCACUAUCGUCUCACAAAAAGAUGAACACUGUUGGGUUGGUGAGCUCAAUGGGCUCAGAGGUUGGUUUCCAGCAAAGUUUGUGGAGAUUCUAGAUGAAAGAAGCAAGGAGUAUUCAUUAGCAGGCGAUGACUCGGUUACGGAGGCAGUGACUGACCUGGUCAGAGGAACUCUUUGUCCAGCUCUGAAAGCCAUCUUCCAGCACGGAUUAAAGAAGCCGUCUAUACUGGGGGGGCCCUGUCACCCGUGGCUAUUUAUUGAAGAGGCAGCUAGUCGGGAGGUGGAGAGGGAUUUCAAUUCUGUCUACUCCAGACUUGUGCUGUGUAAAACAUACAGGUUAGAUGAAGAUGGAAAAGUGCUAACACCAGAGGAGCUGCUAUACAGAGCAGUGCAGUCGGUCAACAUGAGCCACGACGCAGCACAUGCUCAGAUGGACGUAAAGUUCAGAUCUCUUAUAUGUGUUGGCUUGAAUGAGCAGGUGCUGCAUCUGUGGUUGGAGGUGUUGUGCUCCAGCAUGGCUGCUGUAGAAAAAUGGUAUCAUCCAUGGUCCUUCCUCCGUAGUCCUGGCUGGGUGCAAAUCAAGUGUGAGCUCAGGGUCCUGUCAAAGUUUGCCUUCAGUCUCUCUCAGGAUUGUGAAUUGCCCGACAAGAAAGAGGAAAAGGAGCAGAAACCACUGAAAGAGGGCGUGCAGGACAUGUUGGUGAAACAUCACCUGUUCAGUUGGGACAUCGAUGGCUGAGCACAGCAGACAUGUCCCAAGUUAACCUGUGGUGGAUUUUGUAUUUGUCUCCUUAGCAGCUAUUUACAGCUCAAAACUUGAACACUAUUCUUUACUGAAGCAGGUAGCCACUUCAGAUCUGUUUUCCUCUCGUCUGCUUUACCUACUUGA